GGGGCAACCAUCAUGGGAUCUGAUCCCUGGAAUUGCAUAUGACGAUAUCCUCAUCAUUCACGUUGGGAUCAUCAACUUUCGAUCACGGGCUUAUCUUAUCAUCGCUGAUCACGGUCAGUUUCAGUUCCACCAGAUACAGCGCCAUAGGGGACCGCCGUAUCGUUAGACCAGUCGCUGGCAGAGUCCACUAGAGUUGGAAUUGUCUGGCAGACCAGAGCCAAACCCAAAGUCAAAGUCAAAGUCAAAGUCCACGCCAAACAAGCAGAGGUAGAUCCAGAGGGGGAUGGCCUCUUUAAGUAAGCCCCAUCCCCACAAGGUUCGCAUUUCCGGUGCAUUACGCGGGCUAUUUCUAUAUAUAUUCUCUGGCAUCUAGCUUUGGCGAUAUUGCAACCAGCACUCAUUCACUCACUUCAGUCUCAUUACGGAAGUCUGUCGUAAGAUUAGAUACCGUCACAGUUACGCUCAAGCGAGCUCGCUAUAUACUCACAUAGUCGUAACUUAAGCAUUGCGAAUCAUUGACAGAGGGAUAUCCUGACAAUCUUUGCUAACAUGGGCUUUCUCAAACCUGAAGUUGGCAAGGCUCGGAAGCCAAAAUUCGACCUUCAUCUCAAGAUUUACGACCUUAACAACGUGCCGCUCGUUUCUGGUCAGGCUUUUGUCAAAUGGCACCUCUCUCACUCAAUGACCGCGGAGCAUCGCGGGCGCACGCAGAAAUGCCCAAUCGCCAACCACAGAGUCGAAUGGGGCUUUGUCACCGCGGUACCCUCUAUCCGCAUAUCGAUAGACCGCAAUAACAACCUUACCGAAUGUCCCAUGGAGUUUGAGGUCAUACAGGAAUUUGGCUUGACUGAGAAGGUCACCCUUGGCAUUGUUCGCCUCAACCUGAGCGAGUACGUGGAAGAGAGCGAGGCCUUCGUCAAGGAUGUCGCAUCGCCUGGUCGCAUGCGUAGCAACAGUAUGGGUGUCAGCCCGACGAGGGGUGGAACAUCACGGCCGCGCCGUGAUUCAGAUGUUGUCGAGGAUGGCAUCGUGAGAAGAUAUCUCAUGCAGGAUAGCAAAGUUAACAGUACGCUGAAGAUCAGUAUCCUCAUGAUCCAGGUCGACGGCGAACGGAGUUACGUAGCUCCUCCUCUGAAAACGGCUCCUGUCUUUGGAGGCAUUGGAGGCAUCAUGAGCGAGGCAAUAGAGGACGACGCUGGGCCAAUAGCUGCCGCGGUCCCCAACUUGUCUAAGCCUCGCGACGCCGCUGAGCUCCAAGACCUGUACCGAAGCGUUCUCGCUGCUUCGUGGAGUCGGCAACCAAAUGAGCACUCUGCAGAAGAAGUCAUUGAGGACAUUUUCAACGGAGGUAACGGCUGGAAAACCAAACCUCAUAAUGCUUCGCCUGUCACUGAUGGAGAAGACGACGACGACGAUAUGGGUCCACGUGAUACCAUCCGAGCCCGCGAUACUCGCCGUAUAACUCACAACCUCCUUCACCCUCAUCACCAUCAUCAUCACCACUCAAACAGAACUGCCUCACCUUCGCACAAUCACCAGAAUAACGGCCCAGCUGGCUCCUCACAUCGCCGCACACCAAGUAACUCGAGUGAUAAGAGCUUCUCGACAGUUACAGUUACUCCGUCGAACCGACGCAAAGGCGUACGCAUCCAUGAGCACCACCUCGACCACGCGCGUAGUAUGGCGAGCAUGACGUCUACUAUGACACUUGAUAGCGACCCAAUGCGCGAAGUGAGUUAUAAGGGAACUCGCGAGGUCAGAGAGGAUGAUAUGCGAAACGACCUCAUUGCUUGGCGAUUACCAGGUGAUGGGAACCAGGUAAUGUGAAGGGCAUAAUUUAGAAGUCGAAACUGAGCAUGUUCACGGCCCCGAAGAGGCGGCUCGAGUAUUUAAUUGCUUAAUAAUGUUUCCUGAAUGGCUUCCACCGAAUUGAUUCGACAUGCUUCUUUAAAUGUUGAAAGUCUUUAUUCAAUUCAUCCCUGACAACCCUCUAUUGUGUCCUCUAGAAUCUACCAAUAAACCCGUGCUUUUUGCAUACCAACCCCCCUUAUAAACCUACUCAUAAAAUCAUUGCGGCUUUUCAAUCAAAGUUCCUGCUUGAGUCCAGCAUUUCCAGACUUAGAUGUUUCCUCGCACACCACCCUUGCCGCCAACUUCUCGGGCUGUGACGGUAACGCCUAGAUCGGCUAGAACGUUGAUCGUGACUUCGACCUUGCCACCAGCCUUGACGCCCUUGAUGGCGGCCUCGGCAAGAGGGUUGCCGAUCUUCCAGAUCUUCUCCCGAGUCUCCUCUUCCUCUUCAUCAGAAUCAUCAAAAUCGGAGUCGUCCUCAUCCUUAUCUCCAUUCUCCUCCUUAGCCUUAGGCUCAGGCUUGGUGACGUUGAUGUGAGUGUUACCCUCAACAAUCUUAAUAAGAACAUCGCCACCUUCCUUAGGGGCAGGAAUAUGGAUAGUGCGACGGGCAGGGGCGGCGGUCUCAGGGGCGAUGAUGGGGGUGAAGACAUCCUCGCCGUCAGCACCCACGGUGAUCACACCAAUAGAGUUGGAGAUGUGUUUGACGGUGGUGACAGCAGGGUGAGUGGACUGCUCGAUAUCGGCGGCCUCGUACUCCUGGAUCAAAGAGGCCUGGAGUGCAGCGCCACGAGCAAGGAGCUCAGAAGGGUUGAUGGCGGACACGCUCGUGGCGGGAGCCUGAAUCUCAGUAGUCUCAGGGAAGAUACCACGGAGGUUGUUAGCGAUACGAGGGGUGUGGGCAGUACCUCCUGACAGAAUAACCUCGUCAAUGUCAAGAACAUCGAGGCCGGCCUUCUUGACAACACCCUCGAUGAGUCGGUUGAAGCCCUCGAAAACCUUGCGGGCAACCAUCUCGUAUCGUAUCCUGUUGAUAGUAACAGAGAAAUCGAAACCAUCCGCCAAGCUCUCGACGCUGAAUUGAGCGUUGCUUCCCAGACUCAGAGCUCGCUUGGUAGCCUCAGACUCAAGUCGAAGCUUAGCAAGACUGCGAGUGUUGUUUCGGGGGUCGAUGUUGUGCUUCUUUUGGAACUCCUUGGCAAAGUGGUCCAUAAGGGCAUUAUCCAAAUGAACACCAGCAAAUUCGUAAUCGUGAGCAGUGGCGAGGAUAGUGUAAAGACCACCUCGCGAAGCGAUAACGGCAACAUCCGAGCGAGUGCCACCAAGGUCAGCGACAACAAUAAUCUUAUCCUCGAUCUUGGCCUCAGGACGGGCAUCGUAAGCCAGAACAGCGGCGACAGGGUCAGAAAUAAGCUGAAGGAUCUCGAUGUCGGCGUCGUUGGCGGCCUUGAUUAGAGCCUCUCGCUGCUUCUCGGUGAAGUUUGUGGGGACGGUAACAACGGCGGAUGUGACCUUCUUGCCCAGGUAGUCGGAAGCAGAACCCACAAGCCGUCGCAGGUAUCGAGUAGUGGCCUCUGAAACAGAAACGGUCGAAGUCUCUUCCUCGCUCUUGUCUUUGAUGGAGAAAGCAACGGUACCGGAAACAUCCUUGGGGUGGGCGGAGGCGUGAGAGUGGGUAGGGUCGAUGGACUUGAAUCUGAAGGCAUCUUGUCAGUGUCCUUGGUUCCAGAAUUGGGGCUGUGGCGGGAAGUUCGCGUACUCUUGGCCGAGGAAGUCUCGGAAGUUGGCGAUGGUGUUAUCGGGGUUGCGAACGAGGAAGUUCUUGGCCUGUCCACCGUAGUACUCAUCGCCGUCAACGUAAGACAGAACGGUGGGAAUUUGUCGGUCUAUCAAGCAGCUAAUGUUAGCAAGUGACCUAGUGACAGUAUCACGGGGCACAGUUUCAUGAAAAUCAAGUCGAUCUAGAACAUACCUCCAUCCUCGUUGGCAAUAACCUCGGCCUUGUCGUCAACAGUAUAGGCAAUGGAACUGUUGGAGUUACCAAAGGUAAUACCAAUGGCAACUCGAUCGCCAGGCUCAGGGCCCUUGGCUCCAGCGUUGUCACUCAUUAGGUCGGUCGGAAGAG